CAUGCCGGAUCUCGGACGAGUGCACCGUUUUCGCGACCACGCCGUCGCUGGCGUCAACUGGCGACCGACUCGCUUUGUCGACGAUGUGCCCAGUCAGCUCGUAUGCGAUCUCUGUCGCAUGAUUCCCAAGCGGAUGCUGGCGCUGCCGUGCGCGCACACUCUGUGCCAAUCGUGCCACGCAGCCAAUUACAGUGGGGGGUGCUGUCCCUUGGAUCAAGAGCCAUUCGAGGAGACUAAGCUCUUUGUACUUGACUUCCCUACCACGAAAUUCAACGCCUUGAAGGUACACUGUUGGAAUGAGGCACACGGCUGCCAGUAUGAGGGAGCCGUGGAAGACAUGCUGCGACACUAUGAGAACGAAUGCGCGUUCCACACCGUGGAGUGUAUGCGAUGUGGUGAAGAAGUCCUGCACAGGGAACUGUCAACUCACUACGUUGCCGGAUGUAGUACCCCUGCUUCUCCCGCGCUCACAGAGAACAUCUCAUCGGAAUCUAGAGCACUGACGGUUCGAGACGUGACGGCUGCUCUCGAAGAACUGAAGGCACUGUUGAGGGACGCCAACCACGAACAGCUGCUUCUUGGGAUUCAGGGUCGACUGAAUGAGCUGACUGACCAUAUCAGGAGCCGUGAUUCGAGGUCGGCCGUGAUUCAGCACGAUGUCGCGGCACCUGCAUCGUCAGAGGCAGCUCAAGUUGCAGUACCAAGUCAUUCGACCUCGUCGCAACGAGAGACUUCCCGGGAUAAUCACAGAGUGGAAGCAAGCACGUCAUCUCCUUCGUCCUGUUCUGAGACAGUGAGGACAUCUCGCAAGAUGGGUUACUUUACCAACCUGCCAGUUGCUGUUCUGAAAGACAUGCGAAAACUUUCCUCAGAGGAUUACCCGCAGUACGCCGUUACUGAUCGAGGACCUUGGAACCUUUACUGUCACGUAGAGUUGUUAAGUAAGCAAUCCAGGCAUAGACCUACGUGGAGGGGAAUGCAUGGGGGCGCGAGGUAUGAACUGGCCAUCGAAAAUAUUCACGAGCGUAUGCUAUCGCAGGGAGGCAGCCGAAUCAUUUCAAAGGUAACGAUAUUGCACACGACGAAUGCGUACUCUAGGGUUGAGGUGUCUCAUGAUGCCCACUUCGUUUAUGUGCUGGUUGACUUUAAUGGCAUGCUAGAGGGUUCCCAGUGUUUGGCGCCUACUCUGAGCGUCGAAGCCGACCUGAAAGACAACCCUGGUUCACUUCCUUCUUUUCAAGAGCCCUGCAGCUGUAAUCACGAUGAAGAAGAAUUUCUGCAUUUUCAUCGAACGUUUCGGAUCAGUCAUGAUUCGCUGAAAAGAAAUGAUUGUCUUCUGAGCGGAGCGCUGCAUUUCUAUAUCCAUGUUUUCUUUCCGAAGCAAAAUGAUUGGCUACGCUUACAAAGGCUGUGAGAGGUUUGUAACAGCGUAGCAGGAUAGUUCUGAAAACUAAAUUGGUUACUUUUGAGUGUUAUAGGUAAUGAAAGGUUGUUUCUGGGCGUGGACAGUAGGACCACAUACAGUCCCAGACGCCACAUGGACGUACAGACUACAUAAACAGAAGUUCGCGCUGAAACCCAGCGUUCGCACUUCUCGUAAGUUUACGGGCAGGUCGUUGUUGGCGUAGGCCUUCCAUUGGUUCAGGGUUUCCUUGGAGCGGCCGUUGCCCUUUUCACUACCUAGUAUUCUCUUGUACGUACUCGGGGUCUUCAGCUCACCAGCCGUUGCUUCACAGCCAUUUGUUAGGGUUGUCUUUUUGUUCGUUUUUAGUUGACCAGUGCUGAGAAGUGGAAAUGCCAACAGUUUCCGUGGCAAGUAAAUUCGUGAUGAUGAUGAUGACAGUUUUCCGGUAGGUCAGAUGGCACGUACCUGAAGGCCGCAUAAGUCACGGCUAGCUUAAGGAGCAUUGCUAUUAAAAACAGCGCAGACCUGACACUUUGCUUAAA